AGUACACUUCAUCACGGCAGCAGCCACCGGUACAGCAACUGAAGCAGAGGAGGGUGUGAAACAUGGCUCUUUAAGGAAAUAAAUAACGGGAUAUUAUUACUUCAACACGGCGAAAAGAGAAAGCGGUUAUUUCUUUCAACUGAGAAGAAACUGCGUUUAAGUUAGAACCACACGUUUCAGUGUUGAUAUUUGGACACGAAUACCUGCCGAAAAUAGUCCCAACCCUCCAUUAUUAAAGCUCCUCUGUCCUGUGUGACCCCCUUACACAGAAAGGAUGGUGAUGGAGGAGGGGGGGCAGAGAGACAGAGGGAGGGGGACUCCAGUGGCAGAAACAGAGGGGAGACAUAUCCUCGUAGAGCUUGGGGAGCAGAACUUGGAUGCCAUCGUUCUCUCUACAUAUCGAACAUCCUGUAAGAUCAGAUUCAUUCAGAAGAGAUGCAACUUGCAUCUGAUCGACAUUUACAAUGUGAUAGAGGCGGUGCGGGACGCCGGUCUGAACGCGGUGGAGCUGAACGCUGGUAUCUCGGUGACCCGACUGGAGAACUUGGUGUUCUCGCUGUUCAACCAGCUCAGCAAGCGCCUGCCCACCACUCACAACAUCAACCAGAGAGAGAGCGCCGUCCUGUUAGUCGAGUUCCUACUGGCCGCCAUUGACAGUGAGCCUGACAGCCGCCUGACGGUGCUCUCUGUGAAGGCGAUGCUGGCCAUACUGUGUGGCGGGAAACUGAUUGAUAAACUCCGCUAUGUGUUUUCUCAGGUAUCGGACUCCAAUGGCGUGUUGGUUUUGUCCAAGUUUGAUUCUUUUCUGAGGGAGGCUCUCAAGCUGCCCACCGCUGCACAUGAAGGACCGUCCUUUGGCUACACACACACCUUGGCACGCUCAUGCUUCCCGCAACAGAAGAGGGUGAUGCUCAACAUGUUCCUGGACAUCGUGAAUGACCCUCCUCCGUGUCUUGUCUGGCUGCCUCUCUUGCACCGCAUGGCCAACGUGGAGCAUGUUUAUCUGCUUCACAAAUCUUCAGCAACGAAGCUUAGUCGAGCCCUGAGCAGGACUCUGGGCUGUGUGUCGUCCAGAGAGCCCCCCCAUCCUAUUUACCCAGAGGAACCUGAGCGGACCCUCAACCUCUCCAACAUAGUCCCCUGUCGCCCCAUUGGGAACACCAGUGAAGCCAUGUUGCUGUCCUCACAAGUGCCCGAGUCCUCAAAGAGUUUGGCAGCGGCUCAGCGUAUGAACGAGGAACACGCUUUGAUCGCUGCGUACGUGAAUCGCCUGCAGAGCCCCAGGUGA